AUGAGGCAUAGAAAGCAAGAGGAAAAGGUGGACAUCAAUAAAGAAAAACAACAAAAGAAGAAUGCAAAAGCAUUGCUUGGGUACCUAGGUGCGGCGUGGGUUUUUGCUCUCCCCGGCUGCACGCAGCUCUUGGGAGCCCGGCUGUGGCGUAGCUUCCACGUGCUGCCGGGGUUUGCUGCCGCGGGUUCCCGGACACGGCUCCGUGUCUCGGGCGCGUGGGCCGGCCAGUCUCUGUUACCGUGCGCUAGGGACCCGGUAAAGAGGAAGGAAUUUGUCCAUUUACUCCGUGCUUGGCAGGAACGGUUUAUUGGUCACGUGGCGCGGUUCGAUGGAAAGACGCGACCGCUCCCGCCACUCGCAUGGGAGCAAAUGGCGUCUGACUGCCGGCGGGAUAGGGCUUUAUGGAGGGGCGGGGCGAGAGGAUCCACGGCCUGCCGGCCAAUAGGGGCGGCUGCCGUGGCGGUGACGUCAGCAACAGCGACCAACCAGAGAACCCCGCAGGGGCGGGCACCGAGCCAGAGCGGGCUGAGCGGGAUCGUGUGGCUCGGGGCGGCCAGCACGGGGUUUCCCGGGGCCGGACGGCAGGGUGCUUACAGGAGCGGCACAGGGGUAAGAGCCGGCAGCGGGCAGCGUGGGGCCAGAAACCGCGGGGGGGAACAACGCGGGGAAAACGCGGGAUUACAGAACUUGGCUUAUUUUAACAUAAAUUAAAAACCCUAAUCUAAACCCAAACUCCGGGAUGCAACACCUAGGUAUAAAAUUAUAAAUGACAAUGCCUAGCUACAGCUAAAACCAGCAACAUUAAGGAUAGUGAGAAUAGAUUCAAAAAUUAUGCUAGCUACUGAUGGAAAUUUAGGGCAAGACGUUUUGGUUAGACAGACAGUGGGGAGAAAACUGGAAUUCUCAAGACCUCUUUUCCUCACUAUUCACAGGCAAACUUGCUCCCAGGCUUCUCCAUGUACUGCCACAGUUUGCCAUAAGGAGAUGGCAACCAAGAGGCAAGAGCAACAGGUCUUGGUGCUUCAUCACUCUUGCAGUUGAAAAUUAGUUGAGUUUCCAAUUUGAAUGUGUUCAACUUGACCUGUAUUUCCUUGCUUCCUGGUUUUCCUGAAAUGACUCAGCAUCCUUGUAGGUCUCUUCUUGAAAAGGUAGGUAAUAUGACUUUAAUUUUUCAUGUUUGUCUCUUCAUUUUUGUGCCAUGACUUUCCAAAUGUGGGCACCAGAACUGGAAGCAUCAUUUCCAUUUCAGUGCUAUCAAUAAAUGAAGUUUUCCCAGGUUCAUAUACUGAAGGAAUAUAAUAAACUUACUUGUGACUUUAUAGCAUUGAGACGAAUGAUAAGAUAAUUCUGUUUAUCAUUUGUUUGUCCAUUUUAACUCCAGAUUCAUUUUAAGUCACUGUUUUGCCAAUACACCCUUCACUGUGUAGGCAUGAUUUGCACUUUUCUUUCUAUGGGUAUAAUGUGAAAGUGAUUUUAUUAAAAUAUUUUGUGGGCUUAAUUGUUUCAUAUGCUGAAUUACUUCAGAUCAUUCUAUAUAACUCUUCCAUCUUUGCUCUUCAUCAUCCCGCCUGUUUUUGUCAGGUGUAAUUGUUCUAAGAUUGCAUUAGCCUUAUUUCAAAAUCGUUUAUGAAAAUGUUAUAUAUUCCAAAAUCCAGUGCCAAUCCUGAGGGAUCAUAUUUAAAUUACUUGAGUUCCACAGUGUUUUCCCUUUCAUGACUAUUUCUAGGGGUUCGUGGGCCACUUUUUAGUUCACUUAUUAUGUGCUUUAUUAAUAAAGCAUAGUGUUGAUUUUUAGGUCAGAUGAUCGGUUGGAUAUGCAUAAGUCAGAUGCCUUAUAAAAGUUUAAAUAUAUCCUCACAAAUAUCUUUUUUUAAAGAAAAUAUUGACCUCAUCACAUAAGUAAAUAAGAUUUGGUCUUAAGGUCCAAGGUCUUUGACCUUAAGGUCCAUAAGUUCUGCUUUAUAUAAAAUUAUCAUCCCUGGCUGUAAUUAUAUACCACCGUUGGACUUAAAUGAGAAGCUUUCCAUGUUAAAUUAACUGGCUUGUAAUCAUGCUGAUUGUCUUACCUGCUCUUCUUAUGUAUGAGCACCAUAUAGCAAUCUUCUGAAUUUGUUAAAAAUAUACAGCAGAGGCAGUUACCUCGUUAGGAAGCUGUAGCCUAUCCCUGAAGUGUAAGAAAGUUUUUGAGCAUGUUGUCAAAAUAUUUUAUCAUUGAAAAAGGCUAAUCUGGUGAAAUUACUUUUGUCACAUGAGACCUUUAUUACUUUAAUACUGUUUUCAAUGGAAGAAAAAAUUAAAUGAAGUACUAUUAGUUAAUAGUUAAUGUGUUUGCUUAAUAUGACCUUAAUCAAAGCAUCUCCUCCCCUCAGUGAAAUCCUUUGUCUCAUGUAAUAAAGCAAAUUAAAUAUAAUUUACAUCAAAUCACUAGUUAAAGCACCAUGACAAAACAGGAAGCAGGAGAAUGAUAUAAUUAUUGGUUUUGUCCACAUUUUCAUGCCCCUUAGAAUUCAAAUCAACCUGUGUAUGAUUGAAAUUCAGAGCAUGUGUCCUUGCUUCAAGGACAGACUGAGCAUCUGGUAAGAGUGGCAAGCUCAUUCUUUGUAUUGGCAGAAAAUAAAGCUGAAUCUACUUUAACCAGAUAGAGGCAGGGAAAUUCAACAACUCGUGGGUGAGCAGAAAGAGACAGAGAGAGACAUCGUCAAAGGUGGCUGAGGGGCAGCCUGGAGCUGAGUGGCAAUGCACAGUCCCCAGAGACAGCCGUAAUCGAGCUGCAGCUGUCACACAGGUGAAGGAAUUAUCUAAACCAAGAGAUUUGAUGCCUUAUCAAGAUAAAACAGAGCACCAAUGGGAAAUCCUUAAACAAACAUGAGAAGAGGCAAAGGAAGAGCAUGGCAGAAGUGUGCAUGGGGAAUAUGAACCCAGAGCUCCUCCAGGUCUGGAAAGGUAAGAGUAUAAAUCACAGGUUCAUUUUGUGGUAACACAAAAUUAAUCUGACUAAAAUUCUUGAUGGAAGCUUCCCAGCAAGAAGAGAAACAACCAUACCCAGGUCACCUGUGUUCACCAAAACAAGGGGAAAACUCUGAUGGUGGUAGGCUGUGUACUUUGAAUGCCAGGAUAUAGACAUGUGUAUGUAGAUGUCAUGUUGGUAUCAGGAAAUGCUGUUCCCCAAGGCAAAGAGCCCACAGCAGCCCAAUCCUAAGGAGAGCCCACAGCAGAGAAGAAGGAAUGAUCAAAUUCUGUGCUAUGUAAUAUCACUCUACAUUUUACUUUAUCUUCUGUGUUGCUCUUUGUUCCAGGAGCAAGCAGAUAUACUUCUCUAUGCCAAUAAUUAUGAUGUUUUUAAUGAUGAAUUCUUCAAGAGCAAACUUGUUCAACUUGAGAAAUACAUAAAGUUUUUCAUGAUUUAUUAAACUAUCCUGUUUCACUCAUA